GCAAAGCACAAGGUGAAGAGAAAAGAAGGGCAGAAAGAUUUGCUCAGAGAGUCUCGCCUCGCACACCAUAUCUACCUCCCGACAAUUUAUUCCCCAAAAACAGGAAAACCCUUCCCGACUCGCCACGUGGAUCAACCACCAUCUCCACCUUCAUUGCGCCACCUUCACCGUCCAUGGUGGCUCACGAUUCACGUCCCACAUAUUGAUGCAAACGCCGGCCACACAACCCCGUUGGACGAUUUCUGUCAGCCCAAUCCAAUCAUCAUGUCCAGAUUUUUGGCAUAUGGAAAUGUUAGGAGGGUUGCGCAGGGAGUUACAAGUAACAGGGCAGAUAACACAGUUGAAGCUCCUUACGCUCUCUGCCGGUUGUUUUUGAGACAUAAUCAUUCGUUAAGAGGGCAGUCCCCGUUUCUGAAUAGUGGUGGUUGUAGGAACUUAUAUAGCGUAUCAGCAAGGAGUUCAGCUUCUCAACAUGCCCAAUUUGCUUGGAGAAAGCUAUCUCACUUAUAUUUCUAUCGGGAAACAGCCUUCCCCCAAAUAAGUCGAAUGGCCCGUGCUGUGAGCUUCGCUUUGACCCGCUCAAAUUUAGUGGCUCCUGGUGUUUUUUCCUUUAUAGUUGGAGAGUUCAUUUGCACGCAGCAUACAUGCAUACAAGCAGAAGGCCUCCCAACAAAGGACACUUUGUAUCUUCAUGCCCAAGAUGGACAUAUACUUUUGGCCCUGUUUUUGGUUUCACUUGUGGAGUGUAUUAUCUUGUUUAUCAGAGCAAUUUAUCUAGCUGUUUUGUUCUCACCCUGUAUAGCCAUGUCACUCUUUAAGGGUUCCUUUGGCACCCAGUUUAGGAAACAGUGGCUUCAUGUUGUUCAUCAUACACUGGAAAAAGCAGGCCCAGCUUUUAUAAAAUGGGGUCAAUGGGCAGCUGCAAGACCAGAUCUCUUCCCAAGAGAUUUGUGUACUGAACUUGAGAAACUCCACAGUAAAGCUCCAGCUCAUAGUUUUGACUUCACCAAAAGUAGUGUUGAAAAGGCAUUUGGUCGCACGCUGCCUGAAAUAUUUGAAAAUUUUGAUGAGGAACCUGUGGCGUCAGGAAGUGUUGCUCAGGUUCAUCAAGCUAUACUCAAGUACAGAUACCCGGGUCAGAAGAUCAAGCCCAUUUUAGUUGCUGUUAAGGUAAGACAUCCUGGUGUUAGUGAAGCAAUUAGGAGGGAUUUUAUGAUAAUAAAUUGUCUAGCCAAAAUUUCAAGGUUCAUCCCUUCUUUAAAAUUGUGGAGAUUGGAUGAAAGCCUACAGCAAUUUGCUGUUUAUAUGUUGUCACAAGUUGAUCUUUCAAGGGAAGCUGCUCAUCUGAGUCGUUUUAGCUAUAAUUUUCGAAGAUCGAAAGAUGUCUCAUUUCCAAGACCUCUUUAUCCCCUGGUGCACCCAUCUGUUUUAGUCGAAACAUACGAGCAGGGUGAAAGUGUUCAGCACUACGUUGAUAAACUUGAAGGCAAUGAACCGAUAAAAAAUGCCCUUGCUCACAUUGGAACCAAUGCACUACUGAAGAUGCUUCUGGUAGAUAAUUUUAUUCAUGCUGACAUGCAUCCUGGAAAUAUUCUUGUCCGAGUAACCCAUAGCAAGGUCCCGGGCAAACAACUUUUUGGAUUGAGGCCUCAUGUUGUUUUCCUUGAUGUGGGCAUGACUGCCGAACUUUCUAAGAGGGAUCAACUGAAUUUAGUGGAAUUGUUUAAGGGUGUGGCCCUUCGUGAUGGUCGAAGUGUCGCAGAGUGCACACUUAGAUUAUCUGGACAUCAAAACUGCCCAAAUCCAAGUGCUUUUAUUCAGGAAGUAGAUAAAUCGUUCAAAGUAUGGGACUCCCCAGAAGGUGACAUGAUGCAUCCUGGAGAUUGCAUCCAGCAAUUGCUUGAGCAAGUUAGGAGGCACAAAGUCAAAAUAGAUGGCAAUGUUUGCACAGUGAUUGUAACCACUUUGGUUCUUGAGGGAUGGCAACGGAAACUUGAUCCAGAAUAUGACAUGAUGCACACUCUGCAGACCUUGCUUUUUAAGGCGGACUGGGCAGAGUCAUUUACUUACACUAUUGAGGGCCUCAUUGCCCCAUGAAAUUUACCAUCAUAUGAUUUUUAUUUAUCUCCUCUUUUUCCUUAUAAAAAAACACAUCAGAGUCACCUGAUUACAGAACAGAAACCAACAAGGAAGAUGCUGCUGCUUCGAUUUCCUUUCCUCACAGUUUUGACACAGAAAGAGAAGGAUACAUGUUGUACUCAGAGAAAAAUAAAUCCCAUUGCUUUAUGCUCUAUAUCUGGGGAUUAGAGAGAAAGGAUUUCACUACAUUUGCUCUGGUUUUUUUUCCCUGAUAUCCUAAUUUUUUUGCUUCUAUGUUCUAUUUUACGGAAACAAUUAGGUGUACCUAAGAUUAGUUGUGAACUUAAUAAUGGCAUAUGCUGUAGUGGCAGCUAUUAAACCCAACAGCAGUCGGAAUCAAAGUAUUGGU